AUGCGCGGAAAACGUAGCAAACAGUAUCGCAAGCUGAUGAAUCAGUACCAAUUGACAUGGGGAUUCCGCGAGCCGUACCAAUGCCUAGUCGACGCUGAAAUGGUGGUCGACUGCCACAACUUCAGAUACGACCUGCUCGCCGGACUCGAGCGCACACUGCACGGCAAGGUCAAGCCAAUGAUCACACAAUGCGAGAUCCGCAAGCUGUAUCUACGCAAGAACGAACCCGACAUGAACAAAAUCAUCGACUUCGCCAAGACCCUCGAGCGAAGACGUUGCGGUCACUUGCCGGAGGACUACCCCGAACCCCUCAGUACGAUGGAAUGCAUGAAGGCCGUCGUCGAUCCCAAGAGCAACCUCGUCAACAAGCACCGCUACUGCGUCGCAAGCCAGUCGGGCGACGUGCGCCGCAUGCUCCGGGAGAUCCCUGGCGUCCCGCAAAUCUACAUCAAGCGAUCGGUCAUGAUCCUCGAGCCCAUGGCGACUGAGAGUGUGGCAAUCAGGACCAAGGAGGAGAAGAGCAAGUUCCGCGACGGGCUCGUCAAGCCCGAAAGGAAGAGGAAGCGCGAGGACGACGGCGACGAAGAAAGCGGAAAGGAGGGUGGGGCAGGGAAAGCCGGGGCAGUCAAUGGAGGCCAGGAGCAGAAGAAGACCAAGAGGAAGGGUCCCAAGGGACCGAACCCCCUGGCGGUCAAGAAGGCAAAGAAGACCACGAACGGCGAUGCGACACCAAAGGAAGCGAAGGAACCGCGGGCGGCGGCGGCGGAUGGAGUCGAAGGAGAGGGGGAAGGCCCGGCGAAGAGGAAGCGCAGAAGACGAAACAAGGGCCAGGAGGCUGGCGAUGCGGGUUCGUUGAGUGCGCCGACGAAUCAGGGUGAGGCCGCCUCGACAGAGCUAGAGGCGGAAAGCUCAUAG